UAUUAGACUUUGAAAAUAAUUAUGCCUCGUACAAAAAGAACCAGAGUAAAUAGCGAUGAAUCAAGAAGCGCGAAAAAACUCAAACGCUCUAAUUCAGGUACUUUAGAUUAUAUGGCUCAAAUACAAACAGCUUUGGGUAUAAAACAAAAUAUGGAAGGAAAUGAAAAUGCAGUUGAACAUUCAUCUGCAGUGCUUACAUCCACUUCCAAUGUAAAAAAAGAUAAAGAUGCAAUUGAACACACACCCAUAGCACUUGGGUCAAUUUCUGAUAAAUUAUUAUCAAUUGAACAAGAGCUGUGUACAAAAUUACAAGAUAUUACAUUUCCAUCGGUGAUACAGUAUAUUUACAAUCCGCUUGAGUAUGCAUCUGAAACACAUGCCAUGUAUGUACACAAGUACUGCACUGGUGAAAAGAAAGUUUUAUUUGUCGGCAUGAAUCCUGGACCAUGGGGCAUGUCGCAAACUGGUGUACCAUUUGGAGAAAUAAACAUGGUGCGCAAUUGGCUCAAAAUUUGUGGCCCUGUUAAAAGUCCAUCAAAGGAACAUCCUGAUCGAAAAGUUACGGGAUUCGAAUGUACACGUAGCGAGAUUAGUGGACUAAGAUUGUGGGGCCUCUUUCGAAAUUUAUGUGGAAGUCCAGAGAACUUUUUUCGACACGCAUACAUGCACAAUUAUUGCCCACUUGCAUUCAUGGAUGCUAGAGCUCGAAACAUCACACCAGCAGAAUUAAAGGGAGGACAAAAAAUUUUACAUGAGGCUUGCGACAAAGCCUUGAUAGACAUAAUACAACUCUUGAAAGUAGAGAUUAUCGUUGGUAUUGGCAAUUAUGCUGAAAAAAGAGCACAAAUUGCAGUCCAGACAGGAGGUCUUCCAAAUAUACAGGUAAUGGUUCUUCGACAUCCCAGUCCAAGAGCUGUAGGUAAUCAAAAUUGGAAUGAAACAGCUAUGCAACGAUUAGAUGAGUUAGGAUUGCUCAAAUUUUUUGAAAAAGCAGAUGUUUAAAUUCUUUUUUAUAUAAGCACCAUAUCUCUUGUCUAUAAACAGAUACAUUUCUGGUUACAAGUACAUUACAUGAAAAAAUAUAAUAUUCUUCCACGACUUACAAUCGGAGGCGGAAAGAUUCUUUGAAAGUCCAUCUGAUUUUGGUGCUCGAGAUAACUCUGCGACAAAAUAAGCUUUGUUUCCAAUG